AGCACUUCCGGAAAGUUGUUAAAUUGUCUGCAGCGGUGCCAGCCACUUCCUUUUUCAUAGUAAGUCAUCCCCCAACUGAUGCUAUUAUUAAGGCACUGAUUGUUGGACUUGUAAAAUAAACCAAAAUGGUGUUCGUGAAAAUAAUAAAAAAUAAGGCCUAUUUCAAGAGGUUUCAAGUAAAAUUCCGAAGGAGGAGAGAGGGAAAAACUGACUACUUCGCGAGGAAACGUCUUGUGGUGCAGGAGAAAAACAAGUACAACACACCUAAAUAUCGAAUGAUAGUUCGCUUCACUAAUAAGGAUAUUAUUUGCCAGAUAGCGUAUGCCCGUAUUGAGGGAGAUGUGAUUGUGGUUGCGGCCUACUCUCAUGAGCUCCCUAGAUAUGGCAUCAAGGUAGGGCUGACCAACUAUGCUGCUGCAUAUUGCACAGGACUUCUUCUUGCCAGAAGAAUAUUGAAAAAGUUCAACUUGGACACCAUCUAUGAUGGUUGUACUGAUGUGACUGGAGAGGAGUAUAAUGUUGAGAACAUUGAAGGUAAACCCAGAGCCUUCCGUGCAUUUCUUGACGUUGGACUCAGCCGUACUACAACUGGUGCAAGAGUCUUUGGAGCAAUGAAAGGUGCUGUUGAUGGUGGUAUGGAGAUACCUCACAAUGUUAAGCGCUUCCCAGGUUAUGAUGCGGAAAGUGGAGAAUUUAAAGCUGAGGUGCAUAGGGAUCAUAUUUUUGGCAAACAUGUCGCAAAUUAUAUGUCUACACUUCAAGAAGAAAAUGAAGAAACAUACAAAAAACAGUUCUCGCGUUAUAUUAAACUAGGCAUAACACCCGAAUCAAUUGAAAAGCAGUAUAAAAAUGCACAUGCAGCAAUCCGUUCUCAUCCAGAACCAGUAACUGCGCCUAAGAAAACUGUUGUGAAAAAGAGACACAAUGCCAAGAAACUUACUCUGGAACAGCGCAAGGCUCGUAUUCAAAAGGAGAAGAGUGAAUUUAUGAAAAGUCUCAAGAAAGAUGAUGAUUAAGUUUAUUUCUUAUGACCGGGGUCAAUAAAAACUUACUGCAUCAA